AUGAUUCAGAAGUUUGCGAAAGAGUACAAGGAGUCAAUAACCCUGGCCUACUUUUGCGGUAACCUUCUUCUUACAAUCGUCGUCUUUGUAGUUGGAACCAUUUACUUCUGGCACAGAGAUCGAAGGGACCAGGAGAGGCGCUUACAGGAGGAUCGGGAGUACCAAAACAGACGUGACCAAGAAGACCGAAGAGACCAUCGGAGGCGAGAAUGGCGCCAAUUCGCGGAAAGAAUUUACGCCGAUUACAGCAAACUGAAAAGUAAAGAUAUCCCAAAGAAAAUUGCGAAGGUAAAGAACACUUUUGAAGCUAUACUAAUCCACUCUACAGUAACUGGCCUUGAUGUUUUGCGAUACAUGCUCACCGAUGAUAACUACCGCAAUUUUGCGAGCAAUUCACCUCAGUUGAAGGCCCUUCGUGAAGACCUCCACAUGAUCUUCGUGCCGCUAAAUAUCUGCUCUUCGUUGCUUCUCUUGGGAGAAGUGCCAAUAAAUAUAAAGGAAGAAUUAAGACUUGUGGUGGAAGAGUUGGGGAAUGUAGCAGAGCCUUUCCUUACAGGUGAAGAACAAAGGGUCGCUUUGAAAUGUCUGGAACAUUUUGGCAGUAACAGAUCAUCAAAUGCAGUGACGGAACAUUUUGAAAGAGGAGUGAGAGAGCUUGAUGUGCGAAUUAAAGCCAUUGCUCCGUACGUAAACAGCUUACAGUUUGGGGGUGCCGAUGCUAAGAAGUUUCAAUACAGUUUUCCUGGGGUUGGCAUAGCCUUGGAAGAUUGCGAUUAUAGCGAGUGCAGAAAAUUUUCGCUUAAUUUGAAAGGAAAAAUGAUCAUGGAAAACGGCCGCGAGAAUCUCGAGUUUCUCCUACAACUACACAAGGAUCUAGAAAGUAAAGGACUUAUGGCGCACUUUGCUAGAAUCUUCAGAGAACAAAUGGCAGAACUACCUGUUGAAUCGAUCGAGCAGAUCAGCGAUGAAGUGAUUUUAACGAAAUUACUACACGAGGUGCGUCUAUGUAUCCAUCUUAUUCUGAGCGAAAACCUGUCCAUGGUAGACAAUGAACGAGUUCAAGGUAACAUGAAUAGACUGCGUAAGAUUCAUGAGGAAGUAACGGCCUUCCAACCGUUAAAGGGCCAGAUUAAAUACUUAUGUCAGAGAUUCAGAGCAGAUCUCGACGUCAUUGAGAGGGACCCACCAGAUCAUCUAAAUAACGAGGACUUUGUCACAAAGUUUAGGCAGUUAUAUCUAGAAACGUUUUGUGAAAUGAUCAUUAGCAAGAAGCCUAAUUCAGGG